ACGCGCAUUAUCAGAUGUUUAGCAGAUUCACUGUCGCUCUUCCAUCAUUACUGCUGUGCGUCUAUUUGGUCUUUUUCCUCCCCUCCGUCGGCCGGGUUCGUGACAUUUUGCGGCUCCCGAUGUUGUAAUCCGGGGGAAUAUGUGAAGAUCAUGCUGGCGGUGUGGUGCUUCAUGGUCUUUGCUGCAGUGGGCGAGAGGCUUGCGGCGGUCUCAGGUGUGGACAGGAGCCCGGUGCAGGAUGGACACAUCUGGGACUGGUUUAUCCCGGCAGGGGACACUGCCACCAAGGUCACCUAUCCAAAGCGACUGGUGCAGCAGAUCGAGUCGGAGGAGGAAAUGGCUCAUGACUACUUGGAUACCAGGGUGAAGAACAGCACCAGGAACACCUUGCCUGUCCACUUGGCCCAGAGCUGUUUCCAAGUGGAAGCCUUUGGACACACCUUCACUCUGGACCUGGAGCUAAACCAUCAUCUCCUGUCUUCAGAAUAUGUGGAACGACACUUUAACCAGGAUGGGAGACCUUCACAAUCAGUGGGAGGGGAGCACUGCUACUACCAGGGAAGGUUAAGAGGUUUACCAGAGUCCUGGGCAGCUCUCUCCACCUGCCACGGCCUGCGCGGUAUGUUCUCUGACGGCUUCUUCUCUUACGGGAUUGAGCCUGUUCACAAUGGGAGCAAUCAGGAUGAUGGCGCUCACAUAAUCCGCAGGAUGCCUGAUAUCAGACUCCCCCCCCACUGCCCAGACUGUACAGAGCACAGUGAGUGGGAUAGCAGAGGAGGUGAUGGUGAUGAUGACAGACCGGACCAAAUGAGGGAACAGCAGGUGUCUGGGGGGCUGAGGAGAUCUAAGAGAUAUAUUCGCAAGCCCUCUGUUCAGACUGAGACCAAAUAUAUUGAGUUGAUGGUGGUCAACGACAAUGAAAUUUUUGUACAGCUGCGUCGCUCCAGCAGCCAAACCAAGAACUUUGCCAAAGCAGUGGUCAACAUGGCAGAUGCAAUCUACAAGGAACAGUUGAACACGAGGAUUGUGCUGGUUGCCAUGGAGACCUGGACUUCUAAAAAUAUGAUGCCAGUAGUGGAAGAUCCAUUGAUAACGCUGCAGAACUUUAUGAAAUACAGGAAGGACAACAUCAAAGAUCAGAGUGACGUCGUCCAUCUUUUCUCAGGGCGAACAUUUCACAGUAGCCGCAGUGGGACGGCCUACUCAGGAGGGGUGUGCUCUCUAACAAGGGGAGGAGGCAUCAACGAGUAUGGGAAUGUAGGAGCAAUGGCCAUCACUUUGUGUCAGAGUCUUGGCCAGAACAUCGGUAUGAGGUGGAACAACGUACGCAACUCUGCAGGAGACUGCAGGUGCCCAGAUGCCUGGUUGGGCUGCAUCAUGGAAGACACGGGGUACUAUCUGCCCAGAAAGUUUUCUCGCUGCAGCGUUGAUGAGUACAUCCAGUUCUUGCUCCAGGGGGGCGGGAGCUGCCUCUUCAACAAGCCAAACAAGCUGUUGGACCCUCCAGAGUGUGGGAAUGGCUUUGUGGAACCAGGGGAAGAGUGUGAUUGUGGAUCCCAGGUGGAGUGCGCCCGUAAUGGAGGAGCCUGCUGUAAAAAGUGCACACUUACCCAUGAUGCCAUGUGCAGUAACGGACUCUGCUGCAGUGGCUGCAAGUAUGAGUUGAGAGGCGUGGUAUGUCGAGAGGCUGUGAACGAAUGUGAUAUCCCAGAGACCUGCACCGGAGACUCCAGCCAGUGUCCUCAUAAUGUGCACAAGCUGGAUGGCUACAUGUGUGAUUCUACUCAGGGCCGCUGUUAUGGUGGACGAUGCCGAACUCAUGAUGGACAGUGUAGGGGACUCUGGGGUUAUAAUUCAGCGGACAGGUUUUGUUAUGAGAAGCUGAACGCUGAGGGGACAGAGAAAGGCAACUGUGGUCCAGGUCCUGAAGGCCAGGGCUGGCUGCAGUGCAACAAGCCUGACGUUUUAUGCGGCUUCCUGUUCUGUGCCAACGUGACGACAAAACCAAAGUUUGGAGACCUGCAGGGUGAGGUGACCAGCUUCACCCUCUACCACCAGAACAAGUACCUGGACUGCAAAGGUGGUCAUGCUCUGCUGGAGGACGGAUCAGACCUGGGCUAUGUGGAGGAAGGCACUCCUUGUGGUCCCAACAUGAUGUGUUUGGAGCGACGCUGCCUCCCUGUGGCAGCGUUUAACCUCAGCACCUGUUCUGGAUCCAACAAUGGACGCAUCUGUUCCGACCACGGGACCUGCAGUAAUGAGGUGAAGUGUAUCUGUGACAGGGACUACACAGGAAAGGACUGCAGUGUCUUUGAUCCCAUCCCUGAGCCAACCGUCCCGACAGACCAAGUGAAGAAAGAUCUGGUGGAGGAUAAGAUGUCUGUCUGUCAUUCUGUCUCCGUCCUGUCUAGUCCUGUCUUCCUCCUCACACUGUCGUUUCCACAUCAGAGAAGAGGGGAACAAAAAAAAGUCUUCCACUCCUGUCCUAAAAUUUUGCCAAACUUCUUCUGAUCAUUGUUUCCUCCACGCUCCGUCUGCUCCUAUGGUCUGUCCUACUGCAUGACUCCUCUGGGCCUGUGGAGCUUCUCUCACCAUACCAGCCAAAUCAUACUUGUGUGGCCGCUUCCAGCAGACCGCAGAAGACCGUGUCUGUGCCACGCCUAGAGCAAGCAGGUGGCUCUCCCUGUGGGAGACACUAGGGUCUAUCUCCAGUCCGGUGGCUCUAAGAAUGGGAUUCGGUGUCUGUGUACCUCCUUUACUCACAUCUUGAACAGUCUGAUGAAUAACAUAUCAACAGUGGACCAAUUUAAAAUGAGACCCGUCUUUCCAAUGCCUGCCUGCCUGCCUGUAUACAAACUAAACUGGCCAGCAACUGAGCCCACAGUUAAAUGUUGGACUAGCACACAGACUGGCCAUCUAACAGACUGAAAUAAUGUUAGAGGAGCUGAAUAGUUUCCUUUUUUCUUAAAGGAGAAGGACCUGAGGCACAGUUGCUCCCAGGCCAGGCCUUGACAUGUCAAAGUGGACAAUUAUCUGUUUUAAUCUACAAAGUCUGUCAACAUGUAUAUAACUGAAAAGAAGUUGUGCAUUGGACUGUUGUUUUCCAAAGAGAGACAAAGGAAGGACAAAUGAUCAUGUACUGUAAAUUGAUGGCUCAAAAACCAGUCAGCCACUGGCCAGAGCCCAGACUAAUACCUUUUCAUUGUUAUUUGUUCUUUUAACAACCAACCCCCACCCAGAGGUUUUCAGGUACAAAGAGGGAAGCUAGGUGUUAUGGUUUUGGGAUCAUUUUAAACCACUGAACCUUGACGCAGCAGAGACCGUAACUUAGUGUUUUCAACCACAGACUGACCAACACACAUUCCACAAUAUCUGUCGUUGUGCGUGCUCACCACUUUCAGGCCCAAAAUUUGUACACUUGAGGUUUA